GUUCAGUAUCUCGUAAGCGGUCGGUAGAGCAAAUUUUACCUAAGAAAAAGUUUUGAAAAGCUCAAGAGUGACCUAAGUAAUUGUUUGUGUUGCGAAAAUAUCGCGAGUGCUUCUUAGGAGCUGAUAACUAUUCAGUGGGAAAAGCUUAAAAAAAGAAAAACAAAUAACGUAUUGAGCUUCGCGUGGUUACAUAGUGGAGCGUGCCGCACAGUGAGCAUUGAUCGUAACAGAAACUCUUCAGAUACAAAACGGACUAAAUUGGCUUCUCAUCAGAUCAGUUUUAGCAGCUGCUGAGAUCGCUUUUGGUACGAGCUGUGAAAAUGGCAGCGAAGAUGGCAGUAAUCUGCAGCAUUUUAGCUGUGUUGAUACUGCUGCCCAGCGGUGGUCAAGCGUUCCGCAAACAAUCGGCUCAAAUUCAACCCCAACCCCAAAGUACCGACAAAUUCGCACCGAAUCGUGUCGUCAUGCAUAGCGCAUUCGCCAAUGCGGGCCGAACGCCUGGUCUGGAAAUUUGGAGAAUCGAGAACUUUGAGCCGGUGGUGUAUCCCAAAAGCAAUUAUGGCAAGUUUUACACCGGAGAUUCGUUUAUUGUUUUAAAUACAAUCGAACGCAAAGAUAAAAAACUCUCUUGGGAUAUUCACUUUUGGUUGGGUUCGGAAACGUCGACCGACGAAGCGGGUGCUGCUGCAAUUUAUGCAGUUCAAUUGGAUGACCUCCUUAAUGGCGCACCGGUGCAACACCGUGAAGUUCAGGAUCACGAAUCACAAUUAUUCCUCAGUUACUUUAGAAAUGGUGUACGUUAUGAGAAGGGUGGCGUCGGCACUGGCUUCAGACACGUCGAAACCAAUGCGGCAGGCGAGAAACGACUCUUUCAGGUGAAGGGCAAGCGCAACGUGCGUGUACGUCAGGUGAAUUUGUCCGUAUCGUCGAUGAACAAAGGCGAUUGCUUCAUUUUAGAUGCUGGCAAUGAGAUACUCGUUUAUGUGGGGCCGCAAGCAAAGCGCGUGGAAAAGUUAAAAGCGAUCAGCGCGGCAAAUCAAAUUCGUGAUCAAGAUCACAACGGACGUGCCAGGGUUGAGAUUACUGAUGAGUUCAGUUCAGAUUUGGACAAGCAGCACUUUUUUGAAGUUUUGGGCUCUGGUUCGCCUAAUCAAGUGCCUGAUGAGGCUGCUGAACAAGAGGAUGGCGCUUUCGAAACAGCAGAUGCCAAUUCCGUUACUUUAUAUAAGGUCUCCGAUGCUCGUGGUGGCCUAAAAAUUGAACCCAUCUCCACUAAGCCACUUCGUCAAGAAAUGUUAGACACCAAUGAUGCUUUUAUAUUGGACACUGGCUCGGGUAUUUACGUUUGGUUGGGUCGUCGUGCGACACAAAAGGAGAAAACCGAUGCUAUGAGCAAAGCUCAGGAGUUUUUAAGUACCAAAAAGUAUCCAGCCUGGACGCAAGUACAUCGCGUGGUGGAGGGUGCCGAAUCUGCGCCAUUUAAACAAUAUUUCGCCACUUGGCGUGAUGCUGGUAUGGCGCAUACGCGUUUGGUACGCUCUGCAAUGGGUUAUGACUCAGACGAUUCGGACUUAACCGAACUCAUUGAUGUGGAGGACUUAAAGAAGAGUGGUGGUAGUGCUAUGGGUUUUAUGCCAGAUAAUGGCGAAAAUGAUAUUGAAGAAGUUGUACAGUAUGUCAGCAGUCAUGGGCGUGGCGAUACCUUACGUAAUGUUAUUCAAAUGAAGACAAAUAUGCCGCUGUUAGGUUUCGCAGCUUAUGUGAUUACUUAUAAAUACAAUAAUAAGAAUGGUGAAUCGGGUGCGAUCGUCUAUGUGUGGGAAGGCGUUAAAGCUACACGUGCAGCAAAAGAACGCGCAUUCGAAGAUGCACUGGCUUUAGCACUUGAACGUAAUGGAAUUCUAGUACGUACCACCCAGGGUAAUGAACCGCGUCAUUUCCUCAAGAUAUUCAAAGGGAAACUUCUGACAUCUUACACCUCUAUACCUACCAAGCCACAAUUAUACCGCAUACGUGGCACAGAUGCCAGCGAUGUGCAUGCCAGCGAGGUGGCUGCCGAUUCAGCUUCGUUGGCUUCGAAGGAUGUCUUUGCUUUAAUUACGUUGGAUGACCAUAAAGUCUACAUAUGGGUGGGUUUGGCUGCAAGCAAAUUCGAGAAAGAUAUGGCCAUAGCGCGUUUCUCACAGUAUUGGCCGGACCAAGUUGUCGAAGUGAUUGAGGAAGGCGCCGAACCCGAUAAUUUUUGGGAUAUUUUACAUGGAGAGGGCAUCUACGACCGCAGCAUGAUUGAGGCCACCAAGCCCCUACUGGAACCUAGAUUAUUUCAUGGUCGCUUAAACGGCCAGCGCUUGGAAGUUGAGGAGAUUACGCAUUUCGAACAAGCGGAUCUCGAUACCAAUGACGUUAUGUUGUUAGAUGCUGGUGAUGAAAUCUAUAUGUGGGUUGGUGCUGGGGCUACAGCAGAAGAAAAUGGCAGAAUUCUUGAUUUGGCUAAGAAAUACAUUGAAGAUGAACCCACAGAACGCACAAUCGAUACAGUUACCGUCAUCCGCGUCGAGCAGGGUAAUGAACCACGUGCAUUCACACGUAUGUUCCCCUCAUGGGAAGCUGGUUACUGGCAGCCAACACCUUCAAAUGAUGACAUCCGGAAACAUGUUGAGGACAGCAAUGACAUCUUCGACUCAAACGAGAUUUAAAGGUGUUUAACCACACAAUACUGUCUCGAAUAAUUUAUAAAUAUGAAAUGAACAAUAUAUUUUGUGCAAUAAAAACAUCGAAUUUAUUUUAAAAUUGAAAA